AUGGAGCGCUACACGAAUGAACAACGCAUUCUCAUUGUGAAAUUGUUUUACCAAAAUGGUGAAAGUUUUGCUGCUACAGUUCGCAAAUUGCGAUCAAUUUGGGGUCACAAUAAUACUCCAAAAGAGUCAACUGUAAAGAGAUUAAUGCAUAAAUUUGCCGAAACUGGAUCUGUUAGUGAUGUAAAGACAACAACGCGCCUUCGACCAGGUCGAUCGACCGAAAAUGUCGCAGCUGUACGUGAUGAUGUCGCUCAAACUCCAUCCACCUUAAUUCGACACCGAGCUCAGCAAAUUGGUGUCUCCAAAUCCACUAUGCAGCGAAUUUUGACGAAAGAUUUGCAUCUUCAUGCAUACAAAGUUCAAUUAACUCAGGAACUGAAGCCAGCUGACCAUGGACAGCGAAGGGAGUUCGUUAAUUGGGUAUUGGAGAGACAAUAUGAAAAUGCUGAUUUUGCCGAUAAAAUCAUCUUCAGUGACGAGGCCCAUUUCCAUCUUGAUGGAUUCGUCAAUAGGCAGAAUUGUCGCAUUUGGGGUGAGGAAAAUCCUCGAGUGAUUCACGACAAGCAAAUGCAUCCUCAAUGUGUCACUGUGUGGUGUGGUUUUUGGGCUGGAGGAAUCAUUGGACCUUUUUUUUAUGAAAAUGAGGCAGGUCAAGCGCAAACAGUCAAUGGUGUUCGGUAUCGUGAAAUGAUAACCAGUUUUUUCUUGCCUAGAAUUGAAGAAAUGAAUGUGGAGGGCAUGUGGUUUCAACAAGACGACGCCACAUGUCAUGCAGCCAGAGAAACAAUUCAAUUGCAUCAGUCAUUUCCCGGUCGUGUUAUUUCGCGUUUUGGAGACCAGAAUUGGCCGCCUAGAUCGUGCGAUUUAACACCUUUAGAUAUUUUUCUUUGGGGUUUUUUGAAGUCGAUGAUUUACGCGAAUAAGGCGACGACGUCUCAAGCCUUAAAAAAGGAAAUUGGACGCUGCAUUAAUGAAAUACCGCAGCAUUUAUGCAAAAAGGUCAUUGAAAAUUUCAUUAAAAGAUCGCGUGUGUGCCAGCAAAGCCGUGGCGGCCAUCUGCACGAUAUCUUGUUCCAUACAUAA